UGUCCAUCAAAAGACACCGAACGUCACGAAGUCAGACCGUCGGACUAGAACAGGUUGAAAAGCCCCGGAGGCUCUUAGCUAUAUUCAAAUACGGCUGGUUGCAGGUUGUGACCGGAUCUGAUACACAAGCUGGAAGGUCUCAGCGCAGCGUGGGUGCCCAGGGAUCCACUGCCUGAGUGUGGCGAGAGCGGCGGCCGAGGCCCCAGAGACAUGAACCACACCAAGGGCGGCUUGGUGAUCUUCACCGCCAACUCGCAGCCGUCGAGUCGCGAGCUGGGCAAGAGGAUCGCCGAGCGGUUAGGGGUGGAGCUGGGGAAGGUUCAGGUGUACCAGGAAGCAAACAGAGAAACACGGGUACAGAUCCAGGAAUCGGUGCGAGGCAAAGAUGUCUUCGUCAUCCAGACUGUGUCAAAGGACGUCAACACCACCAUCAUGGAGAUGCUGAUCCUGGUGUACGCCUGCAGGACGUCGUGCGCGCGCAGCAUCACCGGCGUCCUGCCCUACUUCCCCUACAGCAAGCAGUGCAAGAUGAGGAAAAGGGGCUCCAUCGUCUCCAAGCUCAUCGCCUCCAUGGUGUGUAAAGCCGGCCUCACUCACCUGAUCACUAUGGACCUCCAUCAGAAGGAGAUUCAGGGCUUCUUCAACAUUCCAGUGGACAAUCUGAGAGCGUCUCCGUUUCUGCUUCAGUACAUCCAAGAGGAGAUCCCCGACUACAGAAAUGCUGUAAUUGUAGCGAAAUCUCCUUCUUCAGCAAAAAGGGCUCAGUCAUUCGCUGAACGACUGCGUCUCGGCAUCGCGGUGAUCCACGGAGAAGCUCAGGACGCCGAGUCGGACCAGGUAGACGGACGCCACUCCCCACCCACCGUCAAGACCACCGGAGCCAUUCACCCGAGCAUGGAGAUACCAUUGCUGAUCCCUAAAGAAAAGCCUCCAAUCACGGUGGUAGGAGACGUAGGGGGACGCAUCGCCAUCAUAGUGGAUGACAUAAUCGAUGACGUCGAUAGCUUCGUGGCAGCGGCAGAGACGCUAAAGGAGAGAGGGGCCUACAAGAUCUUCGUCAUGGCGACGCACGGACUCCUCUCCUCGGAUGCCCCGAGGUUCAUAGAAGAGUCCGCCAUUGAUGAGGUGGUGGUGACCAACACGAUACCCCACGAGCUGCAGAAGCUCCAGUGCCCAAAGAUCAAAACGGUAGACAUCAGCAUGAUCCUGUCGGAGGCCAUCCGCCGCAUCCACAACGGAGAGUCCAUGUCCUAUCUGUUCCGCAACAUCGGUGUGGACGACUGAGCCACGCGUCACACUUUUUACGUGACUUUCUAUCCCUGUGGGAAAAAUCCUUUAAUAUGUUGCAUCUCCUUUCCCUCUCGCACUAACACAGCUUCAGACCCAGAGGUUAAUCUGUUGGCUGGUUUGAGGUCAGGUUAGUGUUUAUGCUGGAAUACAAAACAAAAUCUACUGUU